AAUAUUAACCAAGGCUUUAAAUUUCAUAAUAUGCAUAUUCAUUAAUUAACUUUUAUGUUACAAUCAUAAUUAGUAUAUUUGUGAAUUAUUUUCACAUAUUUAAGAAAAAGGGUGUACUUAUAAAAAAAUGGAGUUUGCUAUUGGCGGUUUAUCGGCAGUUUGUGCGGGUUUUUUUACUAAUCCUUUAGAAGUUUUAAAAACUAGAAUGCAACUACAAGGCGAAAUGCAAGCUAAAGGGCAAUAUACAGUGCAUUACAGAAAUAUUUUUCAUGCUGCUUAUAACAUUGUAAAAAAUGACGGCAUUUUUUCUUUACAAAAAGGAUUAAUACCAGCCCUGUGGGUACAGUUUAUUAUGAAUGGUACCAGAUUAGGACUUUAUCAAAUAUGUCAAAAUAGGGGUCUCUUAACUGACAAAAAUAAUGAAAUGGUAUUCACGAACACUGUGAUUGCUGGAGGAAUUUGCGGUAUGAUAGGGCAGUAUGUAUGCACUCCAAUGUACCUUAUAAAAACACAUCUUCAAUCUCAAGCUGUUGAGAAGAUUGCUGUAGGUCAUCAGCAUAAACAUCAAGGAACUCUUCAUGCUUUCAACAGCAUUUUUAAAGAACAAGGGAUCAAAGGUCUUUUCAGAGGUGCAGGAGCAUCUCUACCUCGUGGAUUCUUGGGUUCAACUUCCCAGUUAACAUCUUUUUCUUAUGCGAAACAGUAUUUAGAUCGUUAUUCUAUCCUAGAUAAUACACCAAUAUUAAAGUCUUUUUUUGCCGCGAUGAUUGGAGGAGUCGCAGUGACGGUUGUAAUGAAUCCUUGCGAUUUAAUAUUAACUCGAAUUUGCAAUCAACCUGUCGAUUCUAGUGGAAGAGGUGUUUUAUAUAGCGGGUAUUUAGACUGUACAAUAAAAAUCUGUAAAAGCGAGGGAGUUUAUGGAUUUUACAAAGGUAUAGGACCAAAUUAUAUACGAUUAGGUCCCCAUACUGUUUUACAUUUAGUAUUUUGGGACGCUCUAAAGAGACAUGUAUUUAUUAAUAAAGGUGAUAUUAACGACCCCUAAAAGUUUACAUCAAAUGCACGUCCUCUGUUAUCACUAAUUGUAUUGUAUUACUAUAAUAUAUGUAUAAUAGUUAUUAUUAUUACC